GGAGAGAAAAAUUUAUUUGUCCUGUUGUAUGCCACUGGAUCAAUGCUGGUGGAUCCAAUCCCUUCAUCGCCAUCCUAGAUUGGGAUCCGUCGUCAUUUUCUAUCCAACUUUUAUUUAUUAUUUAUUAGUAUCAUUCUAUCUUAGUUUGGUUAAUUUUCAGAUUAACUGGAUUUAAUUGACUUAGUAAAGUAAAUUUUGUAGAUAUAAACAAAGUUUCAAUUUUAGAAGUUCAAGCGUUUUUGAUAAAUCUCCAAUGUGAUAACAUCAAUUUGUUUUUGUACUUUUUGCUCGUUCAACGACGACAGUUUACUAUUUAUUCAUAUCAGCUUCAGACUUUAUUUAUUUAAUAAUUUAUUAGAAGUGAAAGGAUUGAUAAUAAUUGUAAAAAGCAUUUUUGACAUAGCAAAUUUAUUUUUCACCAAACUUACAAAAUCUGCCAGCCAUUGCCGCACCUACCUACCGACCGACCCAACCUUGCAUCUACUUUUGAAAAUUUCUUCUGCUCAAUUUACUACUACCAGUGAAUAUUCACAAUUUGUCUCCAUCAAACGAAUAUAGGUUUGAAUUUGUACACGCAACAGAAGCAUCACAUACGCACAAACAAGCACGUACGUAGGCAAGCACACGCACACAAACGCACACGUCAUGGCUUCUUCGAACGACACAAAAUGGCAGAAAGAUGCGGCCGACCAGAACUUUGAUUACAUGUUCAAACUCCUCAUCAUCGGCAACAGCAGUGUCGGCAAAACUUCCUUCCUCUUCAGAUAUGCAGACGACACUUUCACCUCUUCUUUCGUCAGCACCGUCGGCAUUGAUUUCAAAGUUAAAACGGUGUUCCAACAAGGGAAACGGAUAAAAUUGCAAAUUUGGGACACGGCAGGCCAGGAGAGGUACCGAACCAUCACAACAGCCUACUACAGGGGGGCCAUGGGUUUCAUACUCAUGUAUGACGUCACUAAUGACGAUUCCUUCAACUCCGUUCAAGAUUGGUGCACCCAGAUAAAAACCUUUUCAUGGGACAAUGCUCAGGUCAUCUUGGUAGGCAACAAGUUUGAUCUGGAACACGAGAGGGUCGUUUCGACGGAACGGGGACGAAGACUUGCUGACCAGUUAGGUUUGGAAUUUUUUGAAACGUCAGCCAAAGACAACAUCAACGUCGACAUCGUCUUUGAGAGGCUGGUUCACUUAAUAUGCGAACGGAUUAGCAAGAGACACCCAUGUUGAACACCCCGCAGACGAACCGACUCACCGACAACCCAAUCAACCCUUCAGAAACCUUCUCCUCAAAAUGUCAGCAGUGUUAAAUGAACUGUCAAACGAUGCUUCUCUGCUCCUCAAAAAUAAUUAAAUUUUAUAUUUCAAUUUUUUUAUAUUAAGAUAAAAUUUAUUAGCGUGAUGAAGAGAUAAGACAUUACACUUAAUUCGAUAACCACGCUUUUUGAUGCUACGAAAAAUGGUUUAUAGAUAUAGGGUAUACCUACAUUGUUACCUAAGUUGAUUGGCCGUUUUAAAUAUUUAUUAUUGCCGUUAAUUGUUAUAUGUAAGUGUUUAAAUAUUAAAUAUGUGUGAUUUUUUAAUGAAAGUUUCCGUUUAUUAAUUAUCAAAGUGACUACAAACAUAUCAUUAAGCUUUUUCAAUUUUUUUUGAAAGAAAUUCAUUUGUUAGCGCGUUCAUU